AUGCGGAUUCUGUCUUGGAAUAUAAGAGGUUUGGAUUCUAAUGUGAAAAUCUCUGAGCUUAUGAAGCUUAUUCGGAUUUAUAGAAUUGAGAUGGUAUUGUUACAAGAGACUAAGAAGGAAGAUUUAAAGGAUACUGAAAUUAGUAGUUUUUGGUGUAAUGAUGACUUUGAAUUUAGAUUCUCGAAAGAAAUGGGAAAAUCUGGGGUAUCUGAACAAGUCAUAGUAUGGAAUGCAAUUGUGGAAGUUAGGAGGAAAAAUAAGAAUAGAUGGUUCAUGGCAGGUGAUUUCAAUGCAAUAAGAAGUAACAGCGAGAGAAGCGGGUGUUCUUACAGACAAACGGAGAUUUUAGAGUUCAAUUCGUUCAUAGAGGCUUGUAAUCUAUUUGACAUGCCUUUAUCGGGGAGAAAAUUUAUGUGGUUUAGACCAGGAAAUAGAAAGAGUCGUUUAGAUAGAAUUUUUGUUGAGGGUGAAUGGUUUAAUGAAAAUAGUGAUCAUGAAAAAGAAGAUGUUGUAGAUUUAAGCGUGAAAUUAAGAAGGGUGAAAGGAGCACUUCAGAAAUGGAAUUUACAGAACUAUUGGAAUGUUGAUAUUGAAGCAAAAAGAAUGGAGAAGAGGAUUAAUGAGUUAGAUAUAAAGAGUGAUGCUGAUGGGUUAGAUGUCCGAGAAAGAGAGGAACAACUGAGUUGUACAAGGAGGCUAUGGGAUAUAUUGAAGGAAAAUGAGGAUAUAUGGCGCCAGAAAUCAAGAUCGAACUAG